CUCUCUCACUCUCUCCAAAAUACAACCUAGGCCUACAUAUCACGUUCACGAUGAAUAUUGGAGAGCAAAGUGACAACGCUUCACUUCAUUUCGACACAGUGUUUCAGCUAGGGUGACAACCCGUCACGCGUAGUGCGUGAGCGCACAGCGUUUUGAAGCCCAUGCAUGCGUCCCGCAAAUUGAGACCGUGUCACGCGAAAUCAAUGCUUGCUCAAAAAAAGUUGGUCGCUCUCUAUAUCCUGAAGCCCCAGGCAGCCAAACGAACAUUACUUGACAGUUCAGCACGCUACUGUUGCCACACCCACCUCUCACUUGAACUGAUGACUAGGUUGUUGUCAACUUUUUCGUUGUUGUCAUGACAGCGCACGCGCAUACCAGACACACACAUUAACAAACUUUUAGAUGCGCGCUUUCCAAUUUGAAAAAUGGCGGAAGAGACUGAGUCUGAGGCACUGCCAAUUCCAAUUAAAAAGGUGAGAAGGUGUGGGUACAAGAAAGACUGGGGGAAUGAAUAUUUGUGGCUGAAAGGUGUUGAGGGGGAUACCGAGAGGGCUUUUUGUGACCUUUGCAAAACGUCCUUCUCAAUCGGACAUGGAGGGGAAUACGAUGUCAAACGACACAGACUCACAGAGACUCACAAGAAACGUGUCCAACAGAAAGAGACAUCCAAAUCUAUGGAUGCUUUCCUCCGACCUAAAAACGACUUUCUAGCUGACAAAGUGACUGCUGCAGAGGUGACGAGUGUGUAUCACACUGUCCAACACGCUACAUCAUAUCGAGCAGGAGAUUGUGGCGCAAAGCUAGCCACAACGAUUUAUCCAGACUCGGACAUUGCCAAGAGGAUGGCUUGUGGUCGGACGAAGGCAGAAGCCAUUGUCACGGAUGUACUUGCCCCUGCCUCUGUCGAAGAUUGCUUAAAAGUCCUCAGAAGACCACUGAAUGAGCAACGAGAGGCAACAACCAAAGCCCACACGCCAUUCUUCUCAGUUGCUUCAGACGCCUCCAAUCAUGGGACCACCAAGCUCUUCCCACUAUCAGUGCGUUACUGGACGCCAGACUUGGGAGUACAGACGAAGGUCCUUGAUUUCUAGAUGACAGUGAUGAAACAUCUGCCGCGAUCCACAACCAGAUAGUCACCAAGCUGGAGGAAAACGGACUGGGACUAGACAUGAUAUCUGCGUAUUCCGCUGACAAUGCUAGUGUAAAUUACGGGAGAUACAACUCUGUCUUCCAGAAACUGAAAGAGAACAACAAUUACAUUUUGAAGGCAAACUGUGUGGCCCACAUCGUUCACAACAAUGCAAAACACGCAGGAGAUCGGCUAAAUAUUGAUAUUGAAAAUGUCGUUAACAAGACCUUUAGCCACUUCUCCUCAUCUGCCAAACGCACUGAGGAACUUAAGUCAAUUCACACCUUUGUGGAGAUAGAGUACCAGUCCCUCCUUAGAAAUGUACCCACAAGAUGGCUGAGCUUGUGGCCUGCAGUGAAGAGGCUUCACGACAGCUGGGCUCCUAUCAAGACCUACUUUCUCUCAUUGGGAGAGGACGGGUGCCCAAAGUCACUAUGGCGGCUGUUCAAGGAUGACCAGAAUGGCGAAGGCAACCCCCUUGAUCUACAGGUUUACCUGUCCUUCCUCAGCAAUGCGCUGAAGAUUUUCCACGACACUGUGCUGGUGCUGGAGCGAGAAGAUGGGACUGUCUGUGAGCUCUACAAUAUGAUGUUCACCCUAAAAACCAAGCUACAGCUACGACAGAGUGAUGGUUUCUUUGGGGCCCAGACGGAUGUACUCCUCCAGCAGUUUCCAGACAGACAGGCAGCUGUGCUCAGAGAGGACAUGUGCAACUUCUACCAGUCCUCUCUCACCUACCUGGAGCAGCGCUAUGACUUCUCUGACUCCAACUACCAGAAGAAAUUGGCUAGCCUGGCACUAAAGAAGAGCCCAUUCAACUUCUCCCAUCUCUGUGAAGCUGUAGAGGUCCUGCAGCUAAGCAAGAAGUUGGACAUGGAUGCGCUAUAUGAUGAGUAUUGUGUCGUUCUGCCACACCAACAGGCCAUCGUGCAGUCUGGAGCUCCAGUCGUGGAGAAGUGGGCCACCUUACUCAAGCACACACACACACCAAACAUGACAGCAUUAGCUUCUUUCCUCUUGAGUGUACCAAUCACCAAUGCUUCAAUGGAGAGGGUCUUUUCACUGAUGACAGACCCACUUCACAUUCAGUUGCAAGGACUUCUACACUUAUGUAGUGAAAGAGAAGGUUCUCCUCAAUGCUGCAUGCUCCAACAAGAAAUACAAGUUCAAGAAGAAACCUGAAGAUGCUGGUGAAGAGGUUUGAGUCCUAAAGGUGUUCCCAAAGUCCUAAAGAUGUCCCCAGAACACUGAACAGUUUUUUUUUCCUGCGCCUGCCUUUACUAACAUGCAAGUUCACCAUCCUUCCUCCCCCUUCUCGUUCCGUGAACCUCUGGAGUCGUGAGUUAAGACUUUUUUCUUUUUUUUUACUGUUCCUGUGGUGUUGAGCAACUACAAUUCCUGUUAAUCCUAGAAUUUUACAUUAUCAUUUAUUUAAAGUGAAUAAAUUGUAAUGAAAACUAAAUUAAUAUUAAACAGCUAAAGUAAAUCGUGAGUACAAGUGCAUCUGUGUGUCAAUUCAUUGAAUGUUCAAAGUAUUAUGAAUCUUUGUUUAGAAAAAAAUACACAUUGGUUGGCCUAUUCAUGAGUCAUCAGUAAUUACACAUGUUUAGGGGAAUAGCAUAGGGCAUUAUUAAUAUACCAUGUAAGGUGGUAUGUGCUAGAAAUUGGUAAACCACUAGUCUGCCCUUGAGGUGGGGGCACCGCCGCGCCAGGUAGUGUCCCCCAUUGUCCCCCUGAAACAUACCCCUUGUCCCCCCUUGGGUUUAUUAGCAGGUGGUCACCCUAGUUUCAGCCCCAUGGACAGAGAGCGGAGGUCUAAUUCUCAACACACACACACACACACACACACACACACACACACACACACACACACACACACACACACACACACACACA